AUGUUGUCGGUGGCCUCCGUCGAGACUGCUCAAAAUCCAGCGGAGCCGUCUCCGCCGCUGGUUCUCCCGACGAAUGAGCACGUCUUCGUGUCGAAGCUCCCGGCCAUCCCCAUCCCCAACGACGUCCCUCUCCACACCUACUGCUUCCAGAACGCCUCCCUCUACCCGGACCGCACCUGCCUCCUCGUCGGCUCCACCGGCCAAUCCUACUCCUUCGCCCAGACCCACCUCAUCUGCCGCAAGGUCGCCGCCGGCCUCUCCGCUCUCGGCGUCCGCAAGGGCGACGUCAUCAUGGUCCUCCUCCAAAACUCCCCCGAGUUCGUCUUCACCUUCAUGGCCGCCUCCAUCCUCGGCGCCGUCGUCACCACUGCAAACCCUUUCUGCACCUCAAAGGAGAUCUUCAAGCAGUUCAACGCCUCCCGCUCCAAGCUCAUCGUCACACACUCCCAGUACGUCGAAAAGCUCCGUCAAGGCGGGCCGGUCCUCGGGGAGGAUUUCACGGUGGUGACGGUCGACGGCCCGGUGCCGGACGGGUGCCUGCAUUUCUCGGCGCUUUCGGAGGCGGACGAGAGGGAUCUGCCGGCGGCGGUGGAGAUCCAGGCGGAGGACGCGGUGGCGCUGCCGUUCUCGUCGGGGACGACGGGGCUGCCCAAGGGGGUGGUGCUGACGCACGGGAGCCUCAUCGCGAGCGUGGCUCAGCAGGUGGACGGGGAGAACCCGAACCUCCACCUAAGGCCGGACGACGUCGUCCUCUGCGUGCUGCCGCUGUUCCACAUCUACUCCCUCAACUCGGUGCUCCUGUGCUCGCUCAGGGCCGGGGCCGCCGUGCUGCUCAUGCACAAGUUCGAGAUCGGGUCCCUUCUCCAGCUGAUACAGCGCCACCGGGUGUCCGUGGCGGCGGUGGUGCCGCCGCUGGUGCUGGCGCUGGCGAAGAACCCGAUGGUCGACAGUUUUGACCUCAGCUCCAUACGGUUGGUGCUGUCGGGGGCGGCGCCCUUGGGGAAGGAGCUGGAGGCCGCGCUGCUCACCCGCCUGCCUCAGGCGGUUUUUGGCCAGGUACGCCAAAAAGACGAGGCUGCCGGUGAGGUCCCCGUGGCAUUUGUCGUCCCAUCGAAAGGCUCUCAACUCACCGAAGAAGCUAUCAAAGAAUUCAUCUCCAAACAGGUGGUGUUUUACAAGAGACUGCACAAAGUGUACUUUGUUCAUGCAAUUCCAAAGUCCCCUGCUGGUAAAAUUUUGAGGAAAGAUCUCAGAGCAAAACUCGCUGCGCUGCCGUCAUCUACUUGA